ACUCAGAAAAUAAUGUUAUUCAACUUGAAACAUACACAAUGAAAACCUUUGCACUGUUCGCUUUGGUGGUUUGCGCCGUCCUUGCAUUGGCCAAUGGCCUGCCUCAAUAUGGGUACGGUGGUUAUGGGCAUGGCCAUGACCACGGCCACGGACACUUUGGAGGCCAUGGAGACUUUGGUGGGCAUGGAUACGGUCAUGGGGGUCAUGGAGGUCAUGGAUUCGACCACCAUGGCCACGGUGGAUAUGGUGGCCACGGAUUCGAUCAUGGACACGGCGGCCAUGGACACGGUGGCUACGGACACGGUGGCCACGGAUUCGGUGGUCACGGCCACUUUUUCUAAGAAAAUAGUAUAUUAAGUUAAUUUUUCCCUAAGAUAUAUUUAUGACGGAUCUAUAGUCGUCAUAAAUAUUACUUAGGACUAUAGUCAGUCGUUAACAUCAUUGGCUAUUUAAUAAAGUCGGUCACAAUAUGAUUGAGUACUGUGACCGACUUUAUCUCUGUUUGUACAUUUUUAGUUAAUAAAUUAUUUUACCAAAAAUA